UGUUGAACGAAGACGAGCUUCCGCGAUCGGACCGGAUUUUGUGAUUUUUGCGGUGAUCUUGUUGUACAUUGUAUAGUAACUGAACUUGGCAAUCGCGGAUAGUAGGUCAGUGCGUACAUUAUUUGCGCGACAAAGAGUGAAAGUGCAAGACAUUGCUCGAACAAGUGAUCGGUACAAACAGACAGACGACAUGAAGUCGCUACUGGUUUCAAGCAUAGCCUUCCUGCUGAUUUCUUCAGCCCGGCAAAGUCGAGGGCAAGAUUUCAAGGGAGCCAUCGAUUCUUGCACCAAGGAGUUCGAUAUGGAUAUGGACAUAGUGAUAUCACUCAAAUAUGGAGAUUUCAGCGAGCGUGACCCAUUGAUCGAGUGUUUCACCGAGUGUCUGAUGAAACGAUCCGGAUUCAUGUACGAUGACUACACCUACAAUAAGACGCUCAUCAUCGGAUUCGCCGGCAACUAUUUGGAACCGGACGGAGCACAAAACGUGUACGAUAACUGCGCGGGCAAAUUCGGGACCACGGUAUGCGUGACCGGAUUCGAAAUGUACCAAUGCAUUCACGAGACCGCCGUUUCCGAGUGGGUGGAUAGCAAUUUCUAAGGCUAAGGCUUGCCAAAUCGAGACUCUACCCAAUUCAACUCUACUCGGCAAACAGAUCACGAGGCGUGAGAAAUGAGAUGCGACUGAAGUGAUGCGGAAGUGUUGACCCAGUAUUUGCGAUUUCAUUUGAAUUUUUUUCGGCGUUUCAUAGAAUCGUUGAUCGAUCCAUGAAUAUAAAUCUAUUAUGUAAGGUGAGCGUAAUUUUGUAUGUUAAGGUCGCACACAAUUUGUGCAGAUAUGCUGACAUGUAAACCAGAAGAAUUUUUAUUUAUUGAACUGUUAUUUAUUUAUUUCUUUAUUUAUUUAUUUAUUGUUUUUUUUUUAUUAUUUUAAGU